CGAAAGAGACCCUCACUGUGCUUUCUCUCUCUUCUCCCUCUUCCUCCUCUUCCUUUUUUGCGCUUUUUUUUUUUUUUUUUGUCUUCUUCUUCUUCCCUCUCCCUCCCUUUGAUGAGAGCCAGGAGGAGGAGGAUCGCGAGCGAGCGAUGUCUCUGAGGCGAGCGUUCCUCUCGCGGAAGUUCUCCAGAUCCUUCAAGGAGCUCAACGGCAAGCCCCCCCGGGAGGAGUCCGCGGCGGCGGCGGCGGAGGGGGGACGAGGCGGCGGCGGCGGCGGGGAGGCGGAGGCCGCGCACGGCGAGUCAUGGGGGACAAUGCUGCCGGAGCUCCUGGGGGAGAUCAUACGGCGCGUGGAGGAGAGCGAGGGCCGGUGGCCCCAGCGCCAGAACGUCGUCGCCUGCGCGUGCGUCUGCAAGCGGUGGAGGGACAUCACGAGGGAGAUCGUUAGGUCCCCGCUCCACAGUGGCCAAAUCACUUUCCCUUCCUGUCUCAAGCAGCCGGGACCACGAGAUUCUGCACAUCAAUGCCUUAUAAAGCGGGACAAGAAGACUUCGACUUUCUACCUUUAUCUCACCCUCAGCCCACCAAUGCCAGACGAGGGAAAGUUUCUUUUAGCGGCUCGAAGAUAUAGGCAUGGUGCUCACACCGAAUACAUUAUCUCUCUAGACGCUGAUGAUUUAUCCCAAGGAAGCAAUGCUUAUGUUGGAAAGUUAAGAUUUUGUGCUUGUUGCAGCUCGGACUUCCUUGGUACCAACUUUACAAUAUAUGACAGCCAACAGCCACACGACGGUGCAAAGCCCUCAAGCAGCCGGGCAAGCCGCCGAUUUGCAAGCAAACAAAUAAGUCCCCAGGUCCCAGCUGGCAACUUUGAGGUCGGGCAGGUCUCUUACAAGUUCAACCUUUUGAAAUCUAGAGGUCCAAGAAGGAUGGUUUGCUCGCUGAAGUGCCCUGUGUCAGGAGAAGCACCUACCGAUAAACAGAUGGAUAAUGCCAAGACGAAGAAAUUAGGACCUAUCAACCCUGAGUACACAAUUUUGAGGAAUAAAGCCCCAAGGUGGCAUGAGCACAUGCAGUGCUGGUGCCUGAACUUCCAUGGUCGUGUGACUGUGGCUUCCGUAAAAAAUUUCCAACUUGUUGCCAUAAUGGAUCAAAGCCAGCCGGGAGGGAAAGGGGACGAGGAUACUGUUCUUCUCCAGUUUGGGAAAGUGGGGGAUGAUACUUUUACCAUGGAUUAUCGGCAGCCCUUGUCAGCCUUCCAGGCAUUCGCCGUCUGCCUUACCAGCUUUGGCACAAAAAUCGCAUGCGAGUAAUUGUAGUUUUGCUACAUAUAAUGUUUGUCGUCAUCGCUGUUGUUUUGUAUAAUUAUGCACUUUUGUGUUGGUAUAAACAUGGUAUAACCUAUGUUUGCUCCAAGACAUAUGUACAUGUUCUAUGAAAAACGAACCAACCGGCUAAUGUCUACUAA